CAGCGGCGGCGGCGGCAGCAGCAGCAGCAGCAGCAGAACACACUUCUGGACCUUGGAUUUGUUGGAUCUGAAGAUAGACACAGCCUUGUGAGAGCGCGGCGACAGAAACGUGUGGACAGCGGCAUCAUCGACGCUCAAAGUUGGACUGGAAGUGGUUCUGACACGUUCAGUAAAGAAAAUUGAUGCGCGUAAAAGAAGGGAUGCCAGCCAGGCGUGGCUUGUGUUUGAACAUCCAAUGUGAGAAUGCGUGGGGAGUAUGUAUAUAAAAGAGACUUUCCGUCUGAUGAGCAGAGAUAUCAAACUGAUGAUUGCAGCAAAGGCCGAUCAAUAAAGUGAGAGGACUCGCGCUGAUUUGGAGCAGCACGGCGCGCUGAGUGCGUGCAUGGACCGGACUUGAGUGAAAACUUUUCUCCCUCUUUGAUUCAGCGAAUCAUUUGAAAUGCCGUCGCUUAAUUUGACAGCUGUGCACACAAUGGCAGAGGUCGGGAGUUUCCUGGGGACAGUGGACUUGGAUUUACAAAGCUUUCCUGCGCUGGGGAAUAUGCCCAUAGUGGAGUCUCCGGUGGGGCUGAAUGAGCGGCUGGGGCAGAUAGAGGGGAGGCUACAGCGGGGGUCGCCGACGGAUUUCGGGCACCUGAAAGGAAUCCUGAGGCGGCGGCAGCUCUACUGCAGGACCGGCUUCCAGUUGGAGAUAUUCCCCAAUGGGACGGUGCACGGGACAAGACAGGACCACAGCAGAUUUGGUAUCCUGGAGUUCAUCAGCCUGGCAGUGAGUCUGGUCAGCAUCAGAGGAGUGGAUGCUGGACUCUACCUCGGCAUGAAUGAAAAAGGAGAGCUCUAUGGGUCGAAGCUGACAGCAGAAUGUGUGUUCAGGGAGCAGUUUGAGGAGAACUGGUACAACACCUACGCUUCAACUCUGUACAAGCACACAGACACGGGACGCUUCUACUAUGUGGCCUUAAACAAGGACGGCUCGCCCCGGGAGGGCAACAGGACUAAAAAGCACCAGAAACUCACUCACUUCUUACCACGGCCUGUGGAGAUUGAAAAGAUCCCUCAAGCAUACAGAGACUUAUUCCAGUACAGGUGACCAGUGCUUACGUCUGGAGAGCCGGUUACACUGGGAGGAACAGAAACUACACACGAGGAGAGAGGGGGUGUCCUGGAUAUUUUGGAUAUUUUUCUGGAUCAGAACUGUUUACCCUCAACUCCCACUGAGGUCACUGAGUUUAUGCCUCGGCCCACUACCAAGCCCGUACUGCACUGAUCUAAACAUUGUGCCGGUUCCUGGAUGCUGCUUCCUUGUUUCUGUAGCAGAAGAGGGAAAGUUGCCUUGUAAAACCACUAUGGACAAAGGACAAAGGACAAAGGAGGCCCGCGAUGACUCCCCAGCUGUGGGUCGUUGUCGUCGUCGCGUGCCACGUUUUCUCAAUAACCACUUUUUGUUUUAGAGGUAACUGCAUAGAUACUGAAGUGACACGCAGCGACAAAUGGAGUUUUGAGUCACACUAAGCUGAUGGGGAGACAAAUCAAACGGUCGACCAUGAGGAGCGCAUGGAAGAGACUUUAAGAAAGCACCGCAGAUGUCACAUUUGUCAUGCACUAUACUCAGCCACGGUGACGGCACAUUCUUCACAAUACAGAGAUACAGUAGACGGAGGGAAAUAUGCAGGUUAAAGCGGCAGGUUUGGAUAAUCAGGUACUAAAGAGUCUGUGAGGAGAAUGUUUGUGAGAGAGAGAGAGCAAAUGACGAGAUGGAGUUUUCUUAGUCAAAGCUUUAGCAGGGACGAAAAAUCUCUUGAUGAAUGUGUCAUCGAUGAAAGAGCACUUACUGCACAUCCCCAGUCCCAGCUGCAGGCGCGCCUGCUCUCCCAUGUACUUACUCAUCAAGCCUAAUGAUGACAUUCACCACAUUAGAAUGAAAAUAUCGAGCAGCGUCUUGUUGGAGUUGUGUGCAAAACAAGCGAUUAAAGCUCGGGGACGAAAGCACUUCUCUGACUGUGGUUGUAAAGAAUAAGAGAUGCUUUUUUUAUGAGGAUGGUGACUUGUAAUGUUCACAGUGUCGGGAACAUUAUUAAAAAUGCAAGCAGCUGAGGUGUACAUAUGGGUGAUCCUAUUUAUGAGAUGUACAAUAUAUUUAUUUUCUACUUAUAAAGUAUAAAUAUAAAUCUAUAUAUUUAUUUAUUGCAAAGGCUUUAUUUUGUAAUGAACUUGAAGUUAUCUGGACUGUAGAUUCUACUGAAAUUACACACACACACACAAGUAAAAAAAAGAAAGAAAGAAGAAGAAUCGCGAUGAACAUGACAAUAAAAUUGUCCUGCUAUCGAGAACUCAUUGUGACAGACUAUUUUUGCUUGGAUUAAAAUCUGAUGUACCAAUUAAAAACCAGAUAUAGCUA